CAUAACUCAAAGAAUCAUUCAUAUUUUAUUCGGUCAAGGUACCAGGUUUGAUGGGAAUAAAAAAAAUUGUUUUAAGCAGAGUCCGUUUUAAUGAGAUAUGGUCCAUACUUUGAAAAGACAAGUGAACGAUAUGAAUGCUAAUAAUGUUUUGGACGACGAUCAAGAUGCUACUUGGGGAGGCAAAAGGACUAGAUAUAUAUACAACUAUACUUUGCAAUGUUCUGAUUUGAUUUCAAACACAGCUGAUUCAGAUGUCACAGAAAGUAUACAUAGUGUUCAAUCAAAAACUACAAUGGAAGCAAUAAGCGAAGCAGAUCUUUCCUCAGAUAAGAGUUGUGGAAGCGACUGUGACUGCAAUGGUCAAACCAAUCAUACAGAAUUUGAUGUGGUCAGCACUUCAUCGUCUUGCCAUAAUAUAGAAUCAAAUUCUUCAGAUUCCUCAAUGUUGAUAGAUUUUAAGGUCACCAAUAAUAUUAUAAAUCGUUAUGAUACUUUACCAGACAAUGGAUACAAUCCUGACGACACUGAUGGAAGAGUAACUACUCCAAAAACAGAUUUACCUCCUCCAGCCUGUUUUAAAACAUGUCUACAAUGCAGAAAAGAAAACCCCAAUCCCUACUUUCAAUACUGUUUUGUUUGUUUUCGAUCUAGAAUGGAAUUUUUUGGGAGUAAGCCUCGGCCCAAGACAAAAAAUGUCAAACAUUUAAAUGUGUCCAAGCCAAAAACAGAAUACAACUUACUUGAAGAUUCUGAGAAAUCCAGUCCAUCAAAUUCUCAACCCGGUGUUUCAGCUCGUAUUGAAAAUAGUAACACUCAGAUGAAUGAAAAUAUUAAUAACAUGUGUAGCUUAUGUUACAUUAUGCCUAAAAAUGGUGCAUUUAAUCACGGAAAAAUUGCCCAUAUUUAUUGUUGCUACUCAUGUGCUAAAAAAUUGUGGAGAAAAUCAAAUAAAUGUCCCUUAUGUAAUGUAACAAUUAAAUUUGUGACAAAAAUUAUUGUUGUCUAGUAAUUAUUAUUGAUAUAUAUUUUUUUUUUAAAGUUUAUAGUACAUUUCUAGCAUAAUUUUAUUAUUGUAUAUCUUUCUAAUUUAUUCAUUAUUGUUCAUUAUUGUCGUAUAUAUCUAUAGUGUAUUGUUGUUUAUUAUUGUUUACUAUUUUACGACUAUAAUUAUAUUUUAUUAUUGUAGUAUUCUAUACUCUGUCUCAUAGUAUAGGAGUGAUCUCAG